CACGCGUCGGCUUCCCGCCCGUUGAACCGUAAUGGCGCCGGUGGCGGAGCAACAGGAGACCCCGUAAAAGCCUUCAGUGGGACGAGGGAGGGGCAGACUCUCUGGAAGCGUUUCCGGGUUUCCCUUCCUGGGCUGGGACAGCGGCGAGAAGCGAACGCUCCAGUUGAUCCACAAUUGUUCACAGCCACUCUCAGACAUCCAGUAAGCAGCAAUGUCUCAGUCCGGAGAGAAAGGGAAGUUCCCCGAUGCGACGGGUUAUGUCGGGUUCGCCAAUCUCCCGAACCAAGUGCACCGAAAGUCAGUGAAAAAAGGCUUUGAAUUCACCCUCAUGGUAGCAGGAGAGUCUGGUCUGGGCAAAUCGACGCUUAUAAACAGCCUGUUUCUUACUGACCUCUACCCCGAACGCUACAUACCUGGUGCAGCAGAGAAGAUUGAGAGGACGGUGCAGAUCGAGGCGUCAACGGUGGAGAUCGAGGAGCGAGGGGUGAAGCUUCGCCUCACCGUGGUCGACACCCCCGGAUACGGCGACGCCAUCAACAGCCAGGACUGCUUCAAGACCAUCAUCCAGUACAUCGACAAUCAGUUCGAGCGGUACCUCCACGACGAGAGCGGCCUGAACCGAAGACACAUCGUGGACAACCGGGUGCACUGCUGCUUCUACUUCAUAUCUCCCUUUGGACACGGCCUGAAGCCUCUGGACGUGGAGUUUAUGAAGGCCAUCCAUAGCAAAGUCAACAUAGUCCCGGUCAUUGCCAAGGCCGACACGCUGACGCUGAAGGAGAGGGACCGCCUGAAGAGAAGGAUCCUGGACGAGAUCGCAGAGCAAGGGAUCAGGAUCUACCAGCUGCCCGACGCCGACUCUGACGAGGACGAGGAGUUCAAGGAGCAGACCCGGGUCCUGAAGGCGAGCAUUCCCUUUGCUGUGAUUGGCUCUAACCAGCUGAUUGAGGUGAAGGGGAAGAAGAUCCGAGGCCGUCUCUACCCCUGGGGGGUCGUUGAGGUGGAGAAUCCCGAGCACAAUGACUUCCUCAAACUACGCACCAUGCUUGUGACUCACAUGCAAGACCUCCAGGAGGUCACCCAGGAUCUGCACUACGAGAACUUCCGCUCAGAGAGGCUGAAGAGGACGGGCAGGGACGUGGACGAGGACGAGGUGGACAAAGACCAGAUCCUGCUGCAGAAAGAGGCAGAGCUGAGACGCAUGCAGCAGAUGAUCGCUCAGAUGCAGGCACAGAUGAAGAUGAAAUCAGACGAGUGAAAGAGCCGCAGCACGAGGGAAACUCAGUGAAACCCCCCCCCCACACACACACACACACACACACACACACACACACACACACACACACACACACACACACACACACAAACAAACACACAGGGUCCUCUUCUGAAUCCAUCCCUCCAGAUCCACCAGGUAUUCAGGAUCGCAUCGUCUUUAUCUUCACUCCUCUUCCUCUCAAACAUGUUUCCAAGACUCCUCAAACAAUCUAUUUCUCGUGUGCCAGUUUUAAUGAGCGUGACAAUGUUCUCAUACUGGGUGAUUCUUCCAGACAUUCAGUUCUUUGAGUAUGACCAUGCAGAUCUGCCUCAAAGGUACUAAGAGGUUCCACCACACUAUCAGGUUUACUAUGUAUUUAGAAUUGAAGUCUUGUCUUCCAAUCCAUUUCCCCUUCAUUCUGCCAUUAAGGUAAGAUUGUUUGAACAUAUUUGAAUGCUCUCUAUCAGCUAAUGAGUGACUCAGAUGGCCGUCUUCUUUAACUCUGGAUGGCUUCAGUGUGAUGAUGCAAUAACUCUAAAUAUUAUCACAGUGAACUCUUAAGUGAAUAAUAUGUAAGCAGAGAACAGCAAAUGCUGUUUGUCUUGUGUUAAAACUAGAAAUUUAUUUUAUUUUGUAGCCAACACUAAAAACUUAAUCGUAUGCUUUUUUUUUUAGGUUUUGAGCUGGAAAGCUGCUAAAUGCAAGCUUUGGAUCAUUGUUUAGUCGAAUAUAAAGGGACAUGUUGUUCAUAUUUUCUUUUGUAUUUAUCAUCAAGAGCUGCACAAUCUUUAAUGUUGGUGCCAAACUAAACGUUGGACUGAAAACUAAUCACACUAUUCAGUCCAGUGACUUAUCCAUAUUUGCUUCAUGGGUGUCUUUUAACAAGUAUGUUGGCUGCAUGCCUAUCAUCAUCAUAAUGUGUUAUGGCAUAUUUAAAAGUCAAAUACUUGACUGUCAUAUGGGUUAAUGGCAUGCAGCCUUCUUUUUAGCAGUGCCAUCCACCAUCAAAGUCUUACUUUGACACAAUUAUUAUAUCCUGACCAUGUUUAGACUUGUUUUUUAAAACGUUUUUUGUAUCUCUCUCCUGAAUAAAAUGUGUUUAAAGAAAA